AUGCGUGACAUCCGCCACCGCCAAACAAACCAGAUAGUUUCGGACCACGAUUGGCUCGGAGGUAGAAUGGAUCAAAGAGAUGCCGAGGAGAGCGAGCAGGAAGUAGAUGUUGGAGAGUUGGUAGGCGAGGGAAAGGGAGGAGGGCGUGAUGGUGUUGGUUUCGUCGGGGUUGAGGGGGAUUUGGGAGAGGAUGAAGUCUUGGGGGUGGAGAUGGGGGUAGAGGGAUCCGGAGAGGCUGGUUUAUUGGGCUGGUUAGCGAGAUGGGAAUUGAAGGGAUUGGGUAUGGGGAGGGGGGAGACGUACAGGGAGAUGGGCUCGAGGAUGCCGAAGAUUAGUUUGGAAGGGCGAGGGUGUUGGUGGAGAGAUGAAGAUGGAGAUGGACAGAUGGAGAUGGAGCUGGGGAGAGCUGAUUACUGCAUUGGUCUGGGUAAGACGCAUGAAAAAAGUGCUGACUCAGCCGCUCAGCCAUCUGCUCAUUUCUCCGCGGGACUUCCGCUGGCCUUCCGCUGGCCUCCUCCAUCAAUCACUACUUCACUACUUCACUACUACCUAUCAUCUAUCAACAACAAUAACUGUGAAAAUGGCACCUUGCCUCGUGGCAUCCCUUUCAUGCUACAUGGUGUUCUUUAUCCCCCAGUGAUUCAUUCCCGCAUGGGUUGUCCCCCGAAUGGGUUCCCCCCCAUUAUGGACUCCAACGCUUCCUUCACCCGCUCCUUCGACGAGUCGGUGAUCCGCGAACUCCCCCAGCUUCAGACUCUCCGCAUUGCUCCCCUCCGCCAGCCCGUGUCCCGUCUCCGAGGCAUUCCUUCCCCGCUUGAGCCUAAUGCCAGCCGCGUCCGGGAUGCCCCCAGCAACACCAACAACGCCUCCAUCCUCCCCGUUCGCAAUGACUCGGGCCUGUCCGGAGCCCCCGACGGGGUGAUUUCCCGGCCCAAGAAGACGGAACCCUCGGUGGACUCGCUCCUCAGCUUAGAUCCCCCACCGCCCCGGCCAAUUCUACCGGCCUUUGUCAAUCUCCGCGCCCUGGAACGUUUUUCCUACUCGUUCGAUGACGACAGUCUCCACUUCCGCAAACGCCGGCGUUUGGGCGUCCAGACGGAGACGUUCAGCGAGCACCUGCAAUUGCCCAUUCCCCAGGCCCACAAGGAGCAGCGGCCGCCGCCCUUUGGGCCUUUUGCCAUUCUGAAUGGUCUCAAUGAGCCGCCUCCAAAUGCGGCCCUGCUCCCCCCGAUCGAACCUGGUUCGAUCACGCAGCUCUUGACUAAACCAUCCCGGGCCAGCGCGGUUGUGGAGCCCGCCUUAUUCACUGCUAAUGCUGUUGCAGAUAGCCAGAUCAUGGAACGACGAGAGGGCCGAAUUGAGGAAAUCCUGGACUCCCCGAUCGAUCGCACGGCGGACGGGGAGAUCACCAGUGGACUGCUGGACGAGGUCACUGCGGUGGAACCGACGAGAUCCGACAAGACCGAUACAGAGACUGAUCCCCGAGACGCCUCCGCGGAGGAAAAUGCCGAGCCACUGUCGCCCAAGACACGCGGCCGGUCUCGCAAGAAUCUCCGCAAGUGGACCGAGGAGGAGACAACAGCCCUGCUGCGCGGGGUGGUCAAGUGCGGGAUUGGCAACUGGACGGCGAUUCUGGCCCAGCCCGAGUUGAAGUUCAACAAGCGCAGCGCAUCCAACUUGAAAGAUAGGUUCCGUGUCUGUUGCCCGUGGGCGUACCGGGCGGCGGACCCCAAUGAAGCCACCAAGCAACUGCAUGACACGCUCGCCAACGCCCUCUCGCGAGCGGAGACCGAAGGUUCCGAUGGACAAGCGGGGAAAAUCCACCUGCCAUACCCACGUCCUGCGGAGUCCCAUGGCAGCGGGAGUGCCGUGAUUUUAAACGAGUCCUCCGGCUCCAAGGAAGCUGACCCGAAAGGCACUAAGGCCACUAAGAACAGCUCUCUCUCCAAAACCACCCCGACCCUCUCUAGUAGAUCGACAUCGACGCUAGCGUCUCUAGGCAUCCCCGAACCACACUUUACCAUGAAAUCGCGGCGACGCUCUCGACGGCCGUUCACGGUGGUGGAGGACGAGGCGUUGCUGAAAGGGUACGCCGUACACGGCUUCCAAUGGACACUGAUCCAGCAGGACAAACGCUUAAACCUGAGCCAUCGCCGGGCCACAGACCUGCGCGACCGAUUCCGGACGAAAUUUCCGCACGCUUACCGGGACGGGGGUUCCGUGAGUGGACGAACCCUGCAUGGGAAAAGCCUGAAAGAGGGCAAAGAGCGUGUUCCUGGCAACGAACCGGGGCCACCUGCACGGCCCAGACCUGGUGCCCACGCACGCGGGCCCAUUGAUCCUGCGCUGGCGCCUCCGGCACCGCCGCAGGGGCUGCAUGAGAGCUCGAGCAGUGCUGGGCCAGGGGUGUUUCCGUUUCCGCUGGACGAGAAUGGGUCGGGGGAAGCGUCCUGGGCGGAUAAUACGCUUGCCCCGAUGAUGUGGGAUGAGCUUGCAUAG